UUAAAUUAGAUUUACCGAAUACUUUUCUUUGGAAAAUUUAUUAUUUAUCCCAACUUCACUAUAAAUGUGAAUUAGUUUGAUUUUUCUAUAUUGUAACAAUAUUCUUAACCAAAAAUGUCGAAGGAUAAUGAAGAACCGACAGAUUUAGACUGGAUUCAACUACGGCGAGAUAUGGGACAAUCUCACCAAAUAGAAACAUUUAAAGAGAAGUUUGUUCGAAAGUUUGGAGAAAACCCAUUUGUUCCCAUAGGUUGUCUUGCUACUGCUGGUGCAUUGUCCUAUGGUCUGUGGUGUUUCAGGACAGGAAGAACAAAAUUAUCACAACAGAUGAUGCGAAUGCGAAUUGUUGCACAAGGAUUUACAAUUACUGCUCUUGUUGUUGGUGUUAUGCUAACUGCUGGGAAAUCACUCAAAUAGUUCGCUCAAAACGCUUCAUGUAGUCGAUAAUUUAAGAAAAAUUCUAGUAAACAAUAAACAAUAUUAAUUUUUACAGAUAAAGUUUUAAAAAAAAUAACUUGAUUAUUUAUUUUUGAUAAACUUAUUAAUAGUAAAUAAAAAUAGAAAUAUGCAUAUUAAAACCACUCUUCUGUUUAUCCCAUCUAAGCAAGUUGAUUUUGAAAACUGUAAUUCAACAAGAGUAAGUUACAUUAUUAAAAUUUCUGUAAGUAAAGAUAUUUUUGAACUUGUAAAUACCUAACAAUUUAAAUAGAUAUGUGUUAGCAUAAGAAGUACAAACAUGUUUUUUCUUACUUUUCAACAGAGUAUGAUAUGAUGUUACUUGUUUUAUUUUUGUAAAGACAUCAAAUGGACCUAGACACAAUGUCAUUAGUAAUACCAAUAUAGCUUGUAAAAAGGAAAAAUCAUAAAACUGUUAUUAAAUUCAAUGAAAUU